UUUGGUAUUUUAAAUUAUGUUCAAUCCUCAACACCAGUUGUACUGUAAAUCCUGGCAAGAAGGAAGUCGCAAAGUCCGGGUUUUGUGAAGGUGAAGUUUCGCAACGGAGCGAUUUUAAUCUACAGCGCCGGUUUGAGGGCGUUCAAGCAAACUAAACGACCGGUGACACGGGUCUGGUCCUGCCGUACGAUAGUGAUACUGGCGUAGUCCUCAAUGUGUGUGAGAGAAAAAAAUCCGAUUAUAAAAGUGUAGUGAACGAAAAAUAGCAGAAAAAAAACGGAAGAAAGCCAAGCAAACAGCAGCAUCGUUCUUGAAGUCGUAAUCAGCUCAGAAGCGGUACGGUGGGCGAAAGAUCCCCGAUGUAACUCGGCCCCGGCUUUGAUGUGUUGUUUGAUAGUGAGGAACGAAUCGUGGAAAACGGAAACCGGGCAGGAUAUUAUCCUUGGAUUUAGGUGACGCUGAAUAGGAGACGCCGAGGAUCGGGAAGAACCUCACCAUGGCAACGAACAUGUCGACGGUUUGCUUCGUAGUCAUAGCAACAGUCAGUUUACUCUCAUCAGUAACGUACUGUGAGCCAAACUAUCAACCCCAGCAACAACCGGGCGGAAAUGAUUUUAGUGGCGCCGGUGGAGGCGUCAACACCGGAAAUGCACUUUACAGUGGCCAACAGCAACUACAACAGCAGCAGCAACAACAGCAACAGAGACCUUAUCCACCUGCGGGAGCUCCACCUCGCUUUCGGCCAGCAGCCCCGGCCACUACACCAGCUCCUACCUUCUUCCAGCGUAUCUCCAAUUGGUUUUCCUUCCUGGGAGAUGAUAGCGACGAACGGCGGCCACCGAUACAGCAACAGCAGCAGCCACAAAUUCCUCAACUGCCACCACAACGCCACCUACCUCCACCACAGUACAACAACGCUCAGCCAACACCAUCGGUGCAGACUCAGCAACAGCUCCAAUUUCAACAGCUUCAGUAUCAGCAGCAGCAGCCGGUGUAUCAACCACCGCAGCAACCACAGCUUCAACAGCCGAUUCAGCAACAGUUUCCUUACCCGUUUCAAAUUCGCAACGGAAGCAGAGCUACGCAGCUAGCUGCUCCCCAACAACACCAGCAGCAGCAGCAGCAGCCAGUCGCCAGCGUCGGCUUCCAGCCCAGCGCUCCCGUAAUACAGGAAAGUGGUUCGAGCUAUCAUGCGGCGGUAGCACCUGGGGUGCCUCAAAACCCAUUCGUACCUUCCACGCUUCAGCAGCAGAUCGUGCCGCAGGUGAACGUAUUUCGUGAUCCGGAGCCAACCACCGGCAAGACGCCCGUAGCGCAUAAUGGAGACGUUAAUUACCAUCCGUGCAACAAUGUGCCCUGGGUACCGAUAGCGGCACCACCCGAAUAUCCAACCGCUGGAGGUGCUGGCGUUGGUCCCCCGAAAGCUCCACCACCACCACCGCCACCAAGUGUACCGAAUCGACCACCACCGAUCAAGCUGCAAGCGGCUCACAAGGGACAGGUUCAAUCGGUAAGCCCGUACUCCGGUGCUGCUUCCGGUUCAGCGAGUCCCCUAGAACCAGCGAUUAUAACAGCGGCUCCACAAGCGCAGCAGUUGAUUCAACUGCAACUCCAACAGCAGCAACAUCAGCUGCAAAAUCUUCAACUUCAGCAGCUGCAGAUUCAACAGCAGCAACUUCAGCAGCAGCUUCAACAGUUGAAAACCACCACCACGAGCUCGCCGGUUCCCGGUCCAGCGGUUGGAGCUCACUUUAUUACGAAAACGCCCGACGUGUUGGUGACGGCUGGACCAUCGUCAACCCUCCAGCCUAUCACACUACGUCAGGUGUCGGCUUCUUACUUCACCAACAAGGAGUAUGCGCCACCGGCCAAGUUACUGCCGAUUCAGAACGAAGGUAAACCUCUCGCUCCGAUUCCUCUGCCGAACCUGAGUGCUACUCCCAUUCCACCGCUCUACACGGCCGGAUCCUUUCAUAACGAUCCGUACAAGUUCUAUCGGCCCUACCGACCGGUAGAGCCUAUCCUAGAGCUUGGCCAUGGCUAUCCAACGUCGUCCAAAUCCAUGUCCAACAGCUAUAUCCGGUAUCCCCACGAACCGACUAAGAACAAGAAUGAUUCCAUCUUUGACGUAGAACAAUUCGCAUCUUCUGCUUCUUCGUCCAUCUACACUACGGUGGCGUACUCGAACGGCGAAGAUUCAAAGCCUGAGGCAUCGGAGAAGCGUAACGUGGCUACUAGUAGCAAUGGAAACAGCGGUGCUAGUCUUCCACACAAGGAUGGCGUUAACGUGGACGAUACUGAAUACGACUCGGAAGAGGACGAUCAUGGCUCACCGAUCAUUCGUACUACGAUCGAGGUUUCGAGUGUUGUGCCCCAGACACGCUACUACGGCUCAUCGACCACACCCUUCCCUCCAUCUUCGCCGAGACCGGAACGGUACAGUACUACCUUUCCGACGCCGGCCCCGUCCGAUCUUGGCAACGGUGUGCAGAUUAUUUACUCGGCCAAUCUGCAGACUAAUCCUCCGGUCCAUACGGUGAACAAUCAGCUCGGCGAUGAGGAAGAAACAAGCGAAGUAGCCGCUCAGCGAGUCGUCCAAACUACGCCCCGUCCUACAACGACCACUCUGGAGCCCGAGUCGACACCUCCUACCGAUCUCUACUCGGAACCGUUCCACAUAGGAUCGAGCUUACCGAUGGAGUUCCAGAAACAACCCACACCGGAACCUGCCAGCCAGAUGACGGAGACUGCGUCGACGAGUGAUGAAACGCCGGUUACGACGGUGACGCCCCUACCUUCCUCACUGACGGCAACGUUCGGUGGAUACCAGAAUCUAGUGUCCACCAAGAAGCCGAAACAGAUUCAGAUCAUCAUUCCCUACAACACGUACAAGAAACCGGAACCGUUUAAGCCGCUCCCGGCGCCCGAUAAUCUGGAAGAUCUGGACUACAACGCACCCGCAGAAUCGAGCAUCGUUACUUCGAAACAUUCGGGACACUCUGGACCAACACCACCCUCCGGUAACGCCAUUCAGCAGUCAACGAAACCCAAGACACGUUUCAUUGAGAAUGAUUCGGUCAAGUACUUCCAAUCCACCACCCAUCUGAAGGAGAUUCUCCAGAAGGAAACGACGCAACCGUUUAUGAAGCCACCAACGAAGACGCCUCCGGCCAAACCGGCCAAAUCCGUCAAGAAGGUCCGUCCGGUAGAGAUCUCCAAAGAGUCGAAGCCUUUUACCGUGCGGAUACCGAAGAUGACACCGCUGCCGCCGGUCGUAAGCUUGAGCAGCCUGACCAGCGUUCGCGGUGGCAUGGAACGCCACACAACACCACUGCCCGACGGGUCACGAACUCCGGCCCCACCGGUAGCACUGUCCAAGUACGUGAAACCCGUCACACCGCACUACGUCAACGUGACCCGCGUGAAGAUCUCUCCGACGACCUACGCGCAAAAGUCUCGUACGACCAUCUCGCAGCUGCUGCGCACGACCAAAAUCAUCCCGAAAGGUCCGAAGCUGUUCGGUAACGAUUUGCUCGUAUCGGAGACGAGCCGCACGGUGAGACCUCCGCUAUCGCCGGCAUCUACAACGUACGUGCAGCACCGUCGCACAACGUUCCUGACGACAUCGUCUACAACACCGCACACUACGACAACUACGACCACAACGACGGAACAACCACCGGUACGGGAAGAGGAACAGUUUGCCAGUCCCGGUGACAAUACGGUAGGGCCGAUCUAUGAGCGCACCAUCGAUUGGGACAUUGAUCCGAACGAGCUGCAGCGAAAGAUUGACACGUGGACGGAGCAAGAGUUCGGUGCGGACGAUUUUGCGCGAAAGUCUAGCACACUGUCGCUGCACCGCGUCACCAAGGCUAUUCCCUGGGAGUUCCUGACGUCGACGAUGUUGCCCGCGCUACACGACAAACCGGGCAAGAGUAGCCGGUCCGGGUGGCAACACGUCAAAAUUGCCAUAUCACCAAUCACCAAGGAGAAGAUCUACGUCGUCACACCGCAACCGUGGACGGCGGCAUUGCUGAACAAUCAUCACCAUCCACAUCACAAUCAUCACCACGAGCAUCGUCAUCAGCAGCAAAUUCUGGAGGAACGCAAUGGACGGGUACUGACGCCGCGGUUCAGUGUGCGGCCAACGCCUCUUUACUACAAGGGAGGUGGCAUCUACCAGACCGGCUCAUCGACGGUGGAUGUUUCGCCCGAAUCUGUGAACGACCUACUGGAACAGAAGCCGAAACAUCGAUUCAGCAGUAGCAGCAUCACCGCCGGCACUGGCGCAAAGGUGAAACACCUUCUCCAGCAGCGAAAGUACGUCCGGAAGAAACUGCCCUACGGUGGUCCGGGCACGGCCGGGCGGCCAGCCAGCUCGAGCCGGGAGGAUGUGUAGCCCAGCUACAUACACACGCCCAGAACUGCCCAACGACUUACAGUAACAAACAGAGCAGGAAGGAAGUGUAGCAGAAGAGAAAAACCCGUACCAAAGGCCGUUCCUAACCAGACUAAUGAGAGAGGACAAAAUCGAAGCCGGACACGUGAAAUGAGCCGAUAUCUGUCGGUACGCAAAUAGGGGCGCGUCACUGUACGACGCGGGAAAUGGGUACAGAGGUGUGUGUGUGUGUGUGUGCCGAGCUCCAGAUAAGGAAAGUGCUUGCACAAAACAAAUAAAAACUAGGUAAAUAUAAAUCACGGUGUGACAGUGCGAGGGUGAACCCAUUUGUCACGGUUCGUUCUGGAUCGCGGGCCACGGUUCGGAAAUCGCUUUUAUCGUGGCCCGUCGUGGCGAAAGCACACACCAGAGCACAAGGGGAAAUAGAGACAGUGGGCAACGGGCUUUGGGUUUUUUAAGUGUCACCACCACCGUAGCCCAGACGGCGCACAGACGUUAUUCGAGGUGUUUAAUGAGUAGGGGGGUUGUUUUUGUUUUUGCGUACACAUAAAAAUACUUUUAGUCUGUGAUCGAUAGAGGUGUAAUCGGUGGUAGGAAGAAAAUAUGCAUAUGCUCCAGCAAAACAGACACAUAUUUCGGGGGUUUCGGGGUUUGUAUAAUCGGAGCGAGAAGUUCCCGCAGGGCAUUAAAACACUGCGGCCACGAGCGCAUCUCGUUAGGCGCAUCUCGCUCGCUGCGAUCGGAGCUACUAUGACUGAGCGGUGUUGUAAAUGAUGAAACAAAAACAUUAGAAACUAGACAGAAGGGUGGUUAGGUUAGGGAAGAAGGAAGAAAAACACAGUGAAAUGAUGCGGGUUCAAUGAGAGUGCGUCUGAAUAAACGCUAAUUAGAGACGCUGCACAGUGCUAACUAACUGCGAGCAAGAGGCGAGCUGGUAAUAACGAUCCAUUAUGAUGAACCUUGGGAAAGAAAGUGAGAGGAAUUAAGUGAAAAAUGUUAUGAUGGCGAAGGCAAAAAAGGAAAACAUUAAAAGUUCCAUCGGUUUGGGAUCAAUUUUUAGCCUGCCUGAGAGGUCGAACGCUUUCCAGAGACAGUCAGUGCAUGGGAGAUCAGAGCGUUGAAGUUGUAGAAAAUGGUGUAUAGUUUUAUGAUAGCAAAUCGAAACGUAACCUAACGAGUGCGGCCUAGUAUGGCGAAGUUAUUUAACGAACUAAUUUAAUUAAUUGGGAGUAAGUGCGAACCUAGCGGAACCAGCGUGUACAGAGGUGUGAUGGUGUGUAUGGUAAAUAAAUUGUAAUACGAGUCAAACAAAGUAAGAAAGACUGGAUUGGGAAUUUAAUUUGAGGAGAAAACAUACUGUAAGUCGAAAGAAAGAACUUCGUUUUUCUAUUAACCACAGCAUUUGCAUUGGAGUUUACAUAAAACCACACAGAAAAAAAAAGAACGCAACGCAACACGUGAGCAGACGCACGCAGGUGGAAAAUAGUCAGACAAGAAAGUGAAAAGAGGCAAAAAAACAC